UUUCCAGCACUACUGAGAGAACAGGACUAAUCCAGAGACUCAGCACUUAGGUUUCCAGCACUACUGAGAGAACAGGACUAAUCUAGAGACUCAGAACCUCCAGCACGGCAGCACCAUGAAAAAGUGAAGUGAAACUUAACUUCAGCCAUUUUAGAAGGAAUUGUAGCUGGGAGAGGAAAUGGCCUCCGUAUAGCACUCUGAAGAGGAGUUCUCCUGUUUACGCUGAAACACUCAGGGAUCCUGUUCUCCUGGUCAUGGAGUCGCAGUGUGUGUGAAGCCUACAGCAGCAGUGUCCAGUUUGCAGACUGUUUGGUGUGUUGCAGGGGCUGCUGCACUAGACUGAGGAAGGCAAAAUGGCAGCUGGGGGCACAGACAAAGAUUUUAAACUGGUCAUCCCUGAUCGUGCUGUGAAGUGUAAAGAUGGUGAUGAUGUCACACUGCGCGGUCACCUCUCUCCUGAAAUCAGUGCUGUUGCCAUGGAGAUCAGGUGGUUUAAGGGGACAGACUGUAUCUACCUGUAUAGGAAUGGUCAUGUGAUAGAGGGGAGGGGCUAUGAGGACAGAGUGAGUGUGGACCCCCAGCAGCUGCAGAGAGGAGGCGUGUCUCUCACACUGAGGAGCAGAUGGGAAGAUUGGGGAGUGUACACAUGCCAGGUCAUCAGUGGAGGACACCAGGAGGAGGGAAGAGUCGGGUUGAUGAUCACAUAUUGGGAUGAUUGGGAUGGGCUGUGGGAGAUCACUGCUGCAGAGAGAAAGAAAAUGGAGGAAUCUGUCCAGUCUCUGGUCCAAGCGUUAUGGUUCUGUGGGUCCUGUCCAAGCGUUGUUUUGUUCUGCGCUGCCCUGCAGAGACUCUGUCCUGCAGCUGGCCAGGUGACUCCUGCGGUGCUCCCUGUGGUGCCCCUGACGUCAGAUUUUAAACUGGUCAUCCCUGAUCGUGCUGUGAAGUGUAAAGAUGGUGAUGAUGUCACACUGCGCGGUCACCUCUCUCCUGAAAUCAGUGCUGUUGCCAUGGAGAUCAGGUGGUUUAAGGGGACAGACUGUAUCUACCUGUAUAGGAAUGGUCAUGUGAUAGAGGGGAGGGGCUAUGAGGACAGAGUGAGUGUGGACCCCCAGCAGCUGCAGAGAGGAGGCGUGUCUCUCACACUGAGGAGCAGAUGGGAAGAUUGGGGAGUGUACACAUGCCAGGUCAUCAGUGGAGGACACCAGGAGGAGGGAAGAGUCGGGUUGAUGAUCACAUGUAAGUCUUCUGUUUCUCUGCUGUAA